AUGCACCCCAAGGCUGCGAACAUUUCACUGCGCAAACCAUGGAACAAACGGCAUUUGUUUGGACUCUUCUCUGACAUUAAACCUAUAAAACUCGUACUAAUUUCCUCUUUACUCCAUUGGAUUUUCCACGUCGGAUGUAACAAACUUACUCAGACAUAAUGCUGAUAAACAGCUGCUCAUAGUUUAUCACUUUUAAUAAAAUGUAACUCUUCGUCCUGAGUGUUCGAAAUAGCGGCUCAGGCUAGGAACGGACAACCAACUCAUACUUCCUGUUCUGAUCUUAUUCAAAGGAGUCUAAAGCCGUCAAGAUGCUUGAGACACCUCCUGGAUAUCCAUUUGAAGAGAUAGAAUAUGAGGAUAUAGAAGUUGAAGAGGUUGUUGGCAGAGGAACAUUUGGAGUUGUCUUCAAGGCCAAAUGGAAAGGCAACGAUGUGGCCAUCAAGACCAUAGAGAGUGAAUCUGAGAGGAAAGCUUUUGUAGUAGAGCUCCGCCAGCUUUCCAGAGUAAAUCACCCAAAUAUUGUCAAGCUCUAUGGUUCAUGUCAUAAUCCAGUCUGUCUUGUUAUGGAAUACGCUGAAGGUGGCUCUUUAUACAAUGUGCUGCAUGGAGCUGAGCCCCUGCCCCAGUACAGUGCAUCCCAUGCUAUGAGCUGGUGUUUGCAGUGUGCUCAGGGGGUCUCCUAUCUCCAUGGCAUGAAACCCAAGGCCCUCAUUCACAGAGACCUCAAACCACCCAAUCUGCUACUUGUACAGGGGGGCACAGUGUUGAAGAUCUGUGACUUUGGGACAGCCUGUGACAUUCAGACACACAUGACCAACAACAAAGGAAGUGCAGCCUGGAUGGCACCAGAAGUGUUUGAAGGCAGUAACUACAGUGAAAAGUGUGAUGUGUUCAGCUGGGGUAUCAUCCUGUGGGAGGUGAUCACUCGCAGGAAGCCCUUUGACGAGAUCGGAGGAUCGGCCUUCUGCAUCAUGUGGGCCGUGCACAGAGGUACUCGCCCACCCCUGAUAAAGGACCUCCCGGAGCCCAUUGAGGGCCUGAUGACACACUGCUGGGACAAAGACCCUGCCCAGAGGCCCUCCAUGGAGGAGGUCAGAAACACCAUGGCAAACCUCAUGAAGUACUUCCCAGGGUCUGAUGAGCCUCUUCAGUACCCCCACCAGUGUCCAAGCAACAGCAGGAGUGGCUCCUCCUCAGCCACAAGCACAGGUUCCAAUGCAGACAACACUAUCAACAGCUACAGAUCCGAAAGUAACAUGGAGCAUGGAACAAACUGUCAAGAGAGAGAUGACACCCUGAAAAACGAAAGAUUUCCACUUCAGUUCAAACCAUCAAAGGGGGGAACAUUACGCCCCAGCCUGCCCCUGUCCAGAGGGCCUAGUAUGGAGAGCCUGCCUGAGCGUACCCAGAGCCCUGCCCCCACUGAGGUCAAAGGGCAAUGUGCUGGCCAGUCAGGGCCUGAGCUGAGAGCACCUAUCAGUCCCACAGAUAUUAAUGGUUUGGACAGCUCCAUCCCCAUGGCUUAUCUGACACUAGAUCACCAGCUGCAGCCCCUGGCCCCAUUCUCAAACUCCAAAGAGUCCAUGGCUGUGUUUGAGCAGCACUGCAGAAUGGCCCAGGAGUACCUGAAAGUGGAGACUGAAAUUGCCCUACUCACCCAGAGAAAGAAGGAGUUAAUCUCUGAGCUGGACCAGGAUGAAAGGGAGCAGCAAAAUACGUCCCGUCUGGUUCAGGAGCACAACAAACUGUUGGACGAGAACAAGAGCCUCUCCACCUACUUCCACAUUUGUAAGAACAAGCUGGAGCGGAUUCAGAGUCAGCAACAACAGAAGAGUUAGAAUGCCUCUUGAUGUGUGCUUGUUGCCCCAGAACUGUGUUCAGAUCAACAGCAGCCAAAUAGACUGUCAAGGGGCCAUUUUGUGAUGUCUCCUUUGUAGACCCUCAACUGUUUUGGGAUUUGCAGCCAAAUAUACCUGCCAUAUUUGUGAAGGCUGCUUCAUAUUGCUCAUCAACUGUUUUCAGAUGAGCAGCCCAAGAGACUGGCCAUUUAGUGAACUCUUUCCUGUUGCUCUUAAGCUGUUCCUGGAUCAGUGGCCAAAGCGGAAGGCCAUGUCAUUAUGAAUGCUUUGUAGAUCCUCAACGGAUCCACAGUCAGCAGCAGACUGCGCAAAGCAUGUCUCCCCUCAGAUUCUUGCUCCCCAAUGCGCUGUACAGUAACGACAUACUCCACCUGUCUCAAUCCAGAGCUGCGUUCAGUACAACAAUGUUGCGAAAUGUUGUGCAAGACCUAUUAAGAACAGCUAAGUUAAUUUACAUGCAUGUUUUCAUAAAGACGUCAUUCUAUUCUGCCUGAGGUACACUGGACUAGUUGAACAAGGAAAGUGUGGAGGCCCGGUAAAGUCAUCUCCUACUGUAGCUAUUGACAUCCAGAGGAAAAUGCAGUUGCCCAUAGAGACUGACCCCCUCCCACCAUUGUGCCUAAAGGCAACUUCUGCCCAUAGCUCGACAUCCAGGAAUGAUCAGAAAGGCUUUUGUAGAAAGUUAUUGAUGUUGUGAAGGGGGUGACUUACAGCAACACCUCAGAUGACUUGAGGUGUUUCCUGUCUUGUAGCAGAUGACUGUCACUAUACCCUCCCCAGGACUGUUCUAGAGGUGCUAGUGGUAAAAGAAGUGACUCAGCUUGUUUUCACCGUCUGACUCUGGCCUCUCUGUGACAGAUAGCUUGCUAUGGAGAUGACAAAUAGAUGACUAAGUUGUGUUUUUAAAUGUUUAUGCUCAUUCUUAUAUCUGUGUUCCCUUUUUACGGACACAGAGCAAACAAAACAUUAGGAACACCUUCCUAAUAUUGCAUUGCACACCCCUUUGCCCUCAGAACAGCCUCAGUUUGUCAGGGCAUGGACUCUACAAGGUGUCAAAGGUGUUCCACUGGGAUGCUGGCCCAUGUUGAUUCCAAUGUUGGCUGGAUGUCCUUUGGAUGGUGGACCAUUCUUGAUAUACACAGGAAACUGUUGAGUGUGAAAAACUCAGCAGCGUUGCAGUUCUUGACACACUCAAACCGGUGCCCCUGGCACAUACUACCAUAUCCUGUUCAAUGGCACUUAAAUAUUUUGUCUUGCCCAUUCAUCCUCUGAAUGGCACACAUACAUAAUCCAUGUCUCAAUUGUCUCUUAUGCUUAAAAAUCCUUCUUUAUCCUGUUUCCGCCCCUUCAUCUACAUUGAUUGAAGUGGAUUUAACAGGUGACAACAAUAAGGGAUCAUAGCUUUCACCUGGAUUCACCUGGUCAGUCUACGUCAAGGAAAGGGCAGGUGUUCCUAAUGUUUUGUACUCUCAAUGUAUAUGCAGUGGCUCCUUGAGAAGCAAUGACAAUAUUUAUAAAGGAUCUUUUGUUUUUAUUAAUUUUAUGUAGCCUAUAUUUUGAGAUCUUUCUCAAGUCUAUCUGCCUUAGAUGUUUUCGAUGUUUUCUCAUUCUAAAUUUAGAAUACCAUCACCACGUAGUCCACUCAGUAUUAGUGUUUAUAUUUUGUCUUUCACUUUUGUAUUCACUCCUAAAUGUGUAUGUGCUGGUUGUGGACUUGGAGUUUGGUCUUGUACUUCCACAAAUGUGUUAUACACUUGUUUGCUCGAUUUGCCCUCUGUGUGCAUGUGUGUUCACAAGUUGCCUUAGGUUGUAUCUCACUGUGUAUUGUAUUUUUCUAAAUAGCGUUUUGACUUGCAAAAUCGGAAAGGUUGUCAAUGCACUUUUGAAUGUAUAUCUUAAGAACUUCAAAAGUACUGAAAUAAAAAAGUGAAUGCACACAAGAAAAGGCUGCUUUUACAUUCUUGGUAUUAAGGCAUUCGUGAUUGAAUAUAAUAUAAUCUGUUGCCCUAACAUAUCUUUUUGAUUUCAUCUGCACUUUGUGUGUCACUUGACAGUUCUGAAACGCCUGUAUGCUUGAGUGCAUAAAACAUUUCCUGUUA